AUGACACGCGACUCGGUGACGAUGCUGAACGUGCAGUUCCCCGGCUGCGUGUACGCAAAUCAGGGCCGGCAUCUCGAUUUGUAUGGAGACAAUAUCGAGGUGGACUACAAGGGUUACGAGGUGACGGCCGAGGAUUUCCUUGGAGUGCUGACGGAAUGCCUGACGGUCUCCUCGCCCGGCGCAGUUCGACACUACAACUUCAAGAAGAUCGAAUCACACGCGGGCGUGCGCUUGGAUCUCUUCAAUCGUCUGCUGGAAGAGGCGUUGGUGACGAACUUCUUCGGCGGUUUAGCGCAGGCGGGAUUCUUGUCCUCUGCGAUUGACGAGCCGGGUUUGGAACGCGAUGCCCAACUUACUUUCUCCGUAGAGACAGAGCAUGAGUUCGACGUGGACAUGCUAUUCCUCGGACUUCCAACAGAAGCAGCAAACGGUUCUACUACUAGAGUGCUACCAUUAGCUAACUACCCGAACCCGAAAGUCAAUCUGGCGGUCAUAAUCACUCACAAUUCGCAUCGUACACGGGCCGCAGAGGCCAGAGGACUCAAGAUACGGGCACGCAUUGCAUGGGUUGUUCAAGAACAUCGUGGAUCUAUCAUUGUACUAGUAUAA